UCGGUUUUAGCCGAUUUAUUCUGUAGGCAAGAGAUCAAUCAGGUAGCCAAGAUGUUGCUCAUGCACCUGUGCACGCUUGUGUUUCAGAUCUUAACUCUGCCGCUGCAGCUCGCGGAGCUGGUGGGUCUGUAUUCAUUGUACAAGCGCGUAUUUCCGUUUUUAUUUUACAGUUUCACUGUCAAUUACAACAGUAAAAUGAAUGAACACAAACGGGAACUCUUUCGGGCUUUGGACAAAUUUCGACCAUCGAAUGGCACUCUGAGGAUUCUGGAGAUUGGCUGUGGCAGUGGGGCCAACUUUGAGCAUUAUCCAACGGGCUGCAAGGUGAUCUGCACAGACCCGAACCCUCAUUUUGAGAAUUAUCUACAGAAGAGCAUGGAGAAAAACGACCACCUAGUGUACGACAAGUUUGUAGUCGCGACCGGGGAGGACUUGCACGCAGUACCUGACGAUUCUGUUGAUGUGGCGGUGGUCACUCUCGUGCUCUGCUCUGUCCGCGACACUGGGCGCGUGCUUAAAGAGGCCAAGCGUGUACUUCGACCUGGUGGUGCCUUUUUCUUCAUGGAGCAUGUGACUGCUGACCCCUCCAGCUGGAUCUUCUUCGGCCAGCACGUUCUGCAGCCUCUGUGGUACUACUUUGGUGAUGGCUGUGAAGUGACUCGUCCAACAUGGGAGCACAUCGAAAAUGCGGGAUUCAGCCAGGUGAACCUGCGGCAUAUCCAAGCACCGAUCACCUUCAUCAUCAAGCCACACAUUGUGGGCUAUGCUGUUAAAUAAACACACACACACCCCUGCACAAUCACAGUGUUUGUAACUCAACUGACUACAGGUGUAUUUAGCCUAGUCGUACCAGCUAACAAAUCUCAUCAGAAAGCUUGUUCAGUUGUAUUACGCUCCUGUACUGCAACAUCUCUCCUUGUUCCUUUCAUUCCGGUUGCUCUGUCACUUUUUGUAAGCACAUUUGAAAGGGUAGUCCUUGAGUAUUAUACAGUAAACAUUUUUGUAAACUUCAGCUAACAUGUCUGUCCAGUCAGUGUGUGCACUAAAUAGAUCCAGUGUUUGUGAAGUGGCAAACAAAAUGGCUUGGGCUGAGCAGUGCAGUAUGGCAGCCAAUCAAAAACGAGGGGUCCAUUAUUAGGUCAUGGUCCAUGGCAGCCAAUCAACAAUGAGGGGUCGAUUAUUAAGGUUAUGGUGCAACAUUGCCUCAGGAGUUGAGUUGAGUUCCAAGUACAGUAUUAACAAUGUUUUGCCAGCAUCAAGUAUUAAAUCAGAUAAGAGAAUUUUUGUAAUCUUGUGUAAACAUCAUCUUUGUACAGUAGAGCAAUGUGUGGAUUGGAUUUUUUUGAGAUUUUGUGUGCUGCCGAGUUUUAGUGUUUGUUUGACGUGUUGAGCAAUAAAGUGUAUUUUUGAGAGU